AUGAUCCACUUAAUAUUUCUGGUUACUCUUGCGACAUUUGUCGAUUGUUUGGACGAAUCGAGUUUUCUCACAGCUCACAAUGGUAUCUUUCGAGCGCUAGACUGGACGAAUGACGAGUUGGCUGAGGUUUCGGCACUUCAUACCACUGCAUCUUAUCACAAACUGUUGCGAAUAGUGGCGUCGAAAUUGAGCGAAUCGGGCAUCGACGAUGACGCUCGAAGACGUAUUGAAAAGUUCAUGGUGCAGAAACUGCCGCCGAAGUUUCUGAAGAAUUUUCUCAAUGAUGAAGAUAAGGACACAUUACUUCAACUUCAUGCUGGUGGUGAUUUUCACGAAUACGCACUGCUUUUGUUCAAGCGACUAUUCGAACUACCAAAACAACAAGUGAUCACUGCUUUGCGCUACUUCGGUUACAAUGCAGAAGCGGAUUUUCUCGAGGAAGCCGAAUGCUAUUCGUGUGCCGUUAUACGUUUGUCGGAACGAAUUGGUCGCUAG